AUGGUGCAUGUACUACUAGGAUACAUCAAUGAUGGGAACAGAAAAGAUGAAUUAACAGAUAAAGAAAAAAUAAAUAAAAAAUUUGUAUCAAAAAUUGGGGGAAAACCAUUUUGGCUAGAUAGAAUAAAUUUACCACAAGAAAAAAAUUUCUAUUGUUUAGUUUGUAAUAACAUGAUGACAUUUUUAUUACAGUUAUAUGCCCCAAUCGAUAAGAUGGCUAACUGUUUUCAUAGAUGUUUGUAUUUAUUUAUUUGUAUAUAUUGUGGUGAUCAGGUGAAAUGCUUCCGGACCCAGUUGCCGCGCAAUAACCCCUACUAUAACUACUACAUGGGUAGUACUGUUGUUCCUGACAAACUCACUGACUGUAGCUGUGAGGGUGCCAAUAACAGUGUUAAUAACUACAACAAUGGCAGAAACUACAACAAUGGCAGAAACUACAAAAGUAUCAGUAAUAGUAAGUACGCCAAUGAAUGUAAUAACAACUACUCAUGUGUGAGCGAUUCAAAUAGAGUUAAGCAGCUAGACCAGGUGAACAAAAAGAGUAACUGCGCAGCAUCAGAUGAGUCGCACAUCGUUGCCAAUUCGGAUGCAUGUAGCGAACUUAGCUGUUCGAGUGAAAAAUUGGAAAGUCUAACUGAGUCAUGUAAUAAGAAAGCAGUUUCACCUGAGCACACGAAACACUUAGUAGUGUCAGAUGAUAUGAACCAACAAACCAUUUCAGACGAUACAAACCAAUUAGGCGACUCAGAUGAUAGCAACAACAAGAAAUCUUCAUCUUCAUCUUCAUCGUCAUCUUCAUCUUCAUCGUCAUCUUCAUCUUCAUCGUCAUCUUCAUCGUCAUCUGCAGCUUCGGAUCAUAGCAGUAAACGAUCGCAUUCACCAAGUAUAACAAACGAAACAAGCAUAUCAAACAGAAUGAACACGCUGAACUCGUCGAAUGAUGGAAAAUUGUGCAUAUCGUUAAAACUUGAAAAUCAGACUUCUCAUGAACAACGAAAAAGUUUCUACAGGAAUAAUAAUUGUAUAAACAAAUCAGAUACACAACUUACUAUUAAUAAGAAACAAAAUGGGGAAGAAGCUCAUGAAUCCAUUGACUACUUAACUUUGUUAAAGCAGGAUAGAAAUGUUUUUAACAAUCAAGCAGAAUACUUUUUCUGUUGUAGUAUUUGCGGAAUUCCUUGUGCCAGUAAAAAAAAAAAACAUGAACACUGUCAGGUGAAAAAUUAUGUAAUAUUCGACGAAAAUAAAAUUUAUAUUAAUGAUGAAGACGACUGUGAGAGUAGCAGCACGGGAAGUGAUAAUUCCUUCGAGGAUGAAGUGGAUAAAGUGGGCGAAGUGGGUGGAAUGGACGAAGUGGAUAAAGUGGGCGAAGUGGGUGGAAUGGACGAAGUGGGUGGAAUGGACGAAGUGGGUGGAAUGGACGAAAUGGGUGGAAUGGACGAAGUGGGUGGAAUGGACGAAGUGGAUAAAGUGGACGAAGCGGGUGGAGUGCUGACUGCGGGUGAAGAGGUUGACGAGGAUGCCACAAAAAGGUACAACACCUGUGUGUGUGGUGAAAAGGGAUCCAUUAUGAGAAGGAGGAAUGCUGAUGGGUAUAGCGGAAACAUGAACAGUUUAACGGACUAUGGUAGUGCAAAGGGUAAAGCCAUCAGUAGCAACAAACAUGAAGAGGAAGAAAUGGACAGCAGCGAAAUUAAAGCAUUUCAAGAUAUACAAAAGGAAAUAUUAGGAAAAAGAAAAAUAGAUAAAGUAUUUUUAAAUUAUUUAAAAAAAAUACAUAGAUUUCCAAAGCAGUUAAUAAGGUAUUCAUAUAAAGGGACAGCAUUAUAUACUUCUAGUAUAAUUUCAAAUAGUAAUCAAAAUAAUAUUAUCUGUAAUAAUGGAACUCUAGAGAAAAAGAAUAAAACAUUAUUUAAUGUUAAUGACAUUCCUUAUUGUCAUAUAUGUAAAAGGAGGAAGGUUUUCGAGUUUCAAGUUCUUUCGACUGUUAUAAAUUAUAUCAAAAUAAAAAAAAAAAUUUUACUUAACCAAAAAACAAAAAAAAGCGAUGCCAUUAAUCUUAAAUUUGCACAUAUAGAUAUAUAUACAUGUGAAAACAAUUGUGAUGUGUAUGAUAUAAAUAAUAUGAAGGAAAGGCUGACGAGGUCAGAAACGAGUAGGUACAUACAGGAGUAUGCCUGCGUGCAGGUGGAGAAGUAA